CGUUUGCAGUACAGUGCCGUGGACAGCAACCCCCUCUCUCUGUACGUCAUGCAUCCCUUCUGGAACAGCAUCGUGAAGAUCUUCCCUACCUGGCUGGCCCCAAAUCUGAUAACGUUUUCUGGCUUCCUGCUGCUUGUCUUCAACUUCUUCCUCAUGGCAUACUUCGACCCUGACUUUUAUGCUUCUGCUCCUGAUCACCAGCAUGUUCCCAGCGGAGUCUGGGUCGUUGUGGGUCUCCUCAACUUCAUUGCCUAUACGUUGGAUGGUGUUGACGGGAAGCAGGCUCGCCGGACCAACUCCAGCACACCCCUGGGAGAGCUCUUUGAUCACGGGCUGGACAGCUGGGCAUGCGUGUACUUUGUUGUGACGGUCUACUCCACCUUCGGACGGGGCUCCACGGGUGUCAGCGUCUUCGUUCUCUACCUCCUCUUAUGGGUGGUCUUGUUCUCGUUCAUCCUCUCCCACUGGGAGAAGUAUAACACGGGGAUUCUCUUCCUGCCCUGGGGAUAUGACAUCAGCCAGGUGACCAUUUCCAUCGUCUACAUAGUGACAGCCGUGGUGGGAGUUGAGGCCUGGUAUGCACCUUUCCUGUUUAAUUUCUUAUAUAGAGACCUAUUCACUACAAUGAUUAUUGCUUGCGCGCUCACCGUGACGCUGCCCAUGAGCCUCUAUAACUUCUACAAGGCUUAUAAAAAUAACACCUUGAAGCACCACUCUGUGUAUGAAAUCAUGCUGCCGCUGGUGUCCCCGGUGCUGCUCUUCCUGCUCUGCACCACGUGGAUCUUCGUGUCCCCGACAGACAUCCUGGAGGUCCAUCCCAGGCUCUUCUAUUUCAUGGUUGGAACAGCCUUCGCUAACAUUUCUUGCCAGCUGAUCGUCUGUCAGAUGAGCAGCACGCGCUGCCAGCCUCUGAACUGGAUGCUGCUCCCCAUCGCGGCCGUGCUCUUCGUGGUGAUGUCCGGCACCGUGCCCAACAGCGAAGCGCUUCUCCUCUACCUGCUAACCGCUUUCCUCACCCUGGCGCACAUCCACUACGGGGUGGUCGUGGUGAGCCAGCUGAGCCGGCACUUCAAUAUACGGCCCUUCUCCCUAAAGAAACCCACGCCGGAUUGACUAGGAGCGGAGGAAGAGAAAAUCAGCUUGCGGUCUGCAGAAGUACUGUAAAUAACUGCUGCAAAUACCUGUAAAUACUUCAACCAUCACCACGGAUCUGAACCUAUCCUCUGGACAGACAUCAGGGCGACCUACGCACGGUAUCCGGUGCAGCUGGGGCAGGACUGGCACGGGGCGGCCCCGCUGCUGUUCCACGAACACGAGCUUUGGGUUUUGGGUGGAAGUGGAGGAGGAGGGUAGCCUUCCCGGUCACGAUUGGUGUAUAUUCGACCAGCUGAAUGUUCCCAGUGAAACCUCAGACUCUUGCUCGGGUAAAGCCGGUUGGGGAUGCAAAUGGC